AUGACUAACCCUGCUACUGGAACUGCUAUUGCUGCACCUAGCACGACUAAAGAUAAUGCAGUUAAACCAGCUUAUUCCUAUAUUGCAUUAAUUGCUAUGGCUAUUAAGAGCAAGCAUGAUCGCAAAAUUACCUUAAAUGGUAUUUAUCAAUUUAUCAUGGACCAUUUUCCUUACUACAGACAAAAUAAGCAAGGAUGGCAAAAUAGUAUUAGGCAUAAUUUAAGCUUAAAUGAAUGCUUUGUUAAGGUACCGCGUGAAGAAGGUGAAAAGCGACCGAAAAAGGGCAACUACUGGACAUUGCAUCCAGAUAGUGAAAAUAUGUUUGAAAAUGGAAGUUUUCUACGGCGACGUAAACGUUUCAAGAGA